AUGUCCCAUUACAACCACUCCAACCCCUCCACCUUCAUCCUGAAGGGCAUCCCUGGGCUGGAGACCAGCCACUUCUGGAUCGCCUUUCCAUUCUGCAUCAUGUACUGCAUAGCACUGCUGGGGAAUCUCACCAUCCUCCUGGUCAUCAAGUCUGAGCCCAGCUUGCAUUUGCCCAUGUAUUACUUUCUUUGCAUGUUGGCCAUCAUUGACAUGGUCCUCACUACCACAACUGUGCCCAAGGCCCUGAGUAUCUUCUGGUUCCAUUCCCAUGAAAUCUGCUUCCACUGCUGCAUGGUUCAGAUAUUCUUCAUCCAUGGCUUCUCCAUCCUUGAGUCCGGGGCGCUGCUGGCCAUGGCUUUUGACCGCUACGUGGCCAUCUGCAAGCCCUUGCACUACACUACCAUCUUGACUAACCCAGUCAUUGCCAAGAUUGGAUUGGCCAUCCUUGUGCGUGGCAUUGGGAUGAUGACCCCCUUGAUGUGCAUGUUGGGCAACUUGCACUUUUGUGGGACAAACAUUGUCAGCCACUCCUAUUGUGAGCACAUGGCAGUGGCAAAGCUGGCAUGUGGCUACAUCAUAACCAACAACAUCUAUGGCUUAACAGUUGCCAUUGUUGUUGUGUUCUCAGACUGCAUGUUCAUCAUCAUUUCCUACGUCCUGAUCCUGAGGGUUGUUAUGGGUCUGUCUUCCAAGCAGGCACUGCUGAAGUCCUUUGGCACUUGUGGCUCCCACAUCUGCAUCAUCCUGAUGUUCUAUACCCCAGCGCUGUUCUCUUUUUAUGCCGAACGCUGGGGUCAGCACAUUCCCAUCCACCUCCACAUCCUGAUAGCAGACCUCUACCUGCUGGUGCCACCCAUGCUCAACCCCAUUAUCUACGGGAUGAAAACCAAGCAGAUCAGGGAGCGGGUGCUCAGGCUGUUCUGUCAAAAGGGAACAUAG